CCUCGGCCUCAUAAAACCCUUUCCUUACCACCCCCUUCACAAUGACCAUGGAUAUCUCAGAACAAUUGCUCCGAGGCGCUCUCCACAGCGACUCCAAACUCGCCCGCGUCAUCGAUGGCGACGCAUCCUCCGACGGCUCCGAUCUCUCCGACUUCGAAGACGACUUCUCCUACCCAGCCUCAUCCCGCCAAUACGAUCCCCGAACAGCAAACACCGGCCCAAAAGGUGUGAUCGCAGAUCGCGACGCCUUCGAAGCCUCAAAACGCGCGGAUGUGGCGAGUGGACGGGCGAGACGGGAACAGCGAGCGUUGGAGCGGGCGCCAAUCGCGAACACAUAUGCGCAGGAUGGGGAGUUGGAGGAUGAGGAGGAGGCGUUGAGAUUAUGGAGAGAGAAGAGGAUGAGGGAGUUGACUUUGAAGGGCCCGGAGAUAAGGGGUAGGGAUGAAUUGAAGCUGGAUGGGAGGAGGAUGUAUGGGACUGUGGAGGAUGUGGAUGCGGAGGGGUAUCUGGAUGCUGUGGAGACAUCAGAGACCACGGUUGUGUUUAUCUAUGAUGAGCUGCAAGACUCCGAACUCCUCUCGGACGCACUACCAAUUAUCGCGCAGAGAUAUCCGAGAGUUCGCUUCGUGAAACUGCAUUUCCUAGAAGCGGAGAUGGACUCCGUGGCAAUACCGGCCCUGCUAUGUUACCGCCAGGGAGACCUGGUAGCUAAUCUGGUACGAGUGGUUGACGAGAUUCCGCUGGGGCAGAAGAUCACUACGCAGAGUAUAGAGGCCGUAUUGACACGGCACGAACUACUGGAGCGCAAGGAUACUGCGAACGGAGGCGAGAGCGAGGACGAUGACUACUGAGCUGGCAUCUACACGGAAAUCAUAGGCGUGUAUUUCGUUGAGCUAUCCUAAAGCCUGAGUAUCCGACUGCAGGCCGUACGCAUUUUCGUGCCAAGAACAAAUUAUUUUAAAG